CGCGCACGACCUUACGGCUGGGCAGAAUCGUAACGUUCUGCACGUGGAAAGACCGAGAUGGCGAUGUCCUCGAGCUUGGCACGUUUGUGCCGUUUGACAAGCCGAUCCGCGUCAACUGCACUCGGGUAUAGCCGUGGGAAACCCCUCAUAAGCCGGAGAUGGUAUAUUAGUAGCAGUGUGAGAAACAAUUUACAGUUUAAGCUGGAUGAACAGACGGCCCAUAGCAGUUUGGACCUUUUCAAGAAGGACACAGGUGUGAUAUAUCGAAUUCUAGGUUUGGACCCCACCCUUGUGCAGGACAGCCCUCUACGAUUCCGUGAAUGGGCCGUGGUCCUUGCUGAUGCUCAGAUCGAUUCUGGGCGUCACUACUGGGAGGUCACGGUCCAAAACUCCAGUGAGUUCAGGGUGGGCGUGGCCGAUGUGCAGACCUCACGUGAUGAAUGCGUGGGCACAAAUUCCACUUCCUGGGUGUUCGCAUAUACCCAGAGGAAGUGGUUCGCCAUGACCUCCGGUAAGCAGGUCCCGGUGCCAUUCGUGGGGAAAUCCGAUCAGAUCGGGCUCUUGCUGGACUAUGAGGCUGGACAGCUCAGUCUGGUUGACACCCAGAAAUCUGAAGUGGUGCAUACCAUAAAAACACAAUUCCGCUCACCCAUCUCUCCUGCAUUUGCUCUCUGGGAUGGAGAAUUGCUUACACAUUCUGGGCUGGAGAUUCCACCAGGGCUUUAGGUACUUGUUUCACACAUGUUUGCUACAUGUCUCUUAAUGGAUAGAGAGAGAAAGGGGAGUAUGGGUCAUUUGGAAACUGCCCUAAACUAACUGGACUAAGCUGCAUAUUUACUUUAUGUCCAUCGAUUCAACUGCUGAGAACAUCCUCACAUUGUGCCAUUUGUGGUAAUGCAGAUGAAGUAAUGAAUCCAUACAUGUCCAUAAGAAUACUAUAUAUUCAUUUGUAUUUUCUUAUUUUCAUUGGUACUUCAGUACAAUGUGUUGGGCCCAGCUUAUAUUUUUCAAUAAAAAGACCUGUGAUUUUCUUGUGACUAUG